AUAAAAUAUAUUAACUAAAGAUCAUACGAUACGAAUGAAUAGAAAAACAACAACAAAUACUUUGAGUGCUUAUGUGCUGCAAAACAUUUAUCGAGUUUAAUAACUAAAACAAAAAAAUGCUGCAAUUCUUAAUGUUCAAAAUAUUGCACAAGAAAUACAAAAUUAAUUGAGUGCACGCCCAGAGGAAAAGAGAGAGAAGAACGAGAGAGCGAGAAGAACAAUACGAAAGCGCAAGCGAGACAGAGCAGGACAAAAGUCCCAAAAACGAAACACUGCGCAACAAAAACGAAUCUAACCAACCAACCAAAUUACAAAAAAAAAAAAACAUCCACGAAUAUCCAUACACACACACACACACAUAGUCAGAAUGGCUGUGCCCUUUCAUCUGCCUGUGGAGGAGAGAGAUGACAUCGCCUCGAGCUCAUCGGGCACCUCGAACUCGUCGGGCGCAUCGACAUCGUCGGGCGCCUCCUCAUCGUCGGGCGCCUCAGAUGGCGCCAGCAGCAUCGCCUCCCAGUCACCCAACACAACCAGCUCGGCCACGCAGACGCCGAUGCAGUCGCCGCUGCCCACGGACCAAGUUCUAAUCGCCCUCUGCGAAUGGUACCAGCAGCACCAGCGACACUACAUCAACAAUGCCAAUGCCACGGCCCCGCACAUCUUUCAGUAUCCGCCGCCGCCGAGCCCCUCGUGCUCGAUGGCUCAGUCGCCCAGCUAUACGGGCGGCGAUAUAUUCUUUGCCCAUGGCGUUUAUGUGCCGCCGCCGCCGCAGCCGCAGCAGCCACCUCGCACGCCACGCAGCAGCAUGAGCUUUGCGGGCGGGGAGGAGUUGAACUUCUUCCGGCAGCCGUAUCCGGCGCCGACAACGCCACAGCCAAUGCCACCGCAACCGCCGGCGCCGCAGUCGGCGCCGCCGAUGCACUACAGCCACAGCUAUCCGCAGGUCUCGCACAUGCUGCAGCAUCAUCAUCCAGCCUCCUAUGGACAUCCGUUGCCGGCUGGCGCCUACUACGCCACCUACACGCCGCCACCCACGCCGAACACAGCGAAUGCCUCCACCUCGACCUCGGCUGGCGCAACGGCCAUGCCCUUUGGCCGUUACGGCGUCCAUGGCCCGGUCAUGGCAUCAACGCCCCUGGCGCCAACCGGCCCCAAGAUGCGUCUGCAGCGCAGCCAAUCAGAUGCGGCCAGACGCAAGCGGCUGACCUCGACGGGCGAGGAUGAGCGCGAGUAUCAGAGCGAUCAUGAGACCAGCUGGGACGAGUUUGACGAUCGCUACGACAAUUUUACGGCUGGACGCGAACGCCUGCAGGAGUUCAGUGGACGCAUACCGCCGCGCAAGAAGAAGACCAACAGCUCCAGCAACAGCAACGCGAAUCCAUGCAGCAGCACUGCCAAUGAGAGCAACUGCAGCCAACAACGCGAGACGAACAAAGAGAAGGAACAACAGAGCUUCACUUGGCCAACAGUUGUCACCGUCUUUGUGCUCGCCAUGGGCUGGGGCUUGUAUGCAGCGCGAUGAAACGCCAACAGCAGCAGCAGCAGCAGCAGCAGCAGCAAGCAUCUAUAAUCACACAUAUAAAUAUAUAUACUUAAAGAAAAGAAGAGCUAAUCUAUAGUGAAAUCAGCCCGCAUACAUAUAUAUAUAAGGAGGUUGACGGGACACAAGAACAAUAUAUAAAUGUAUUCGUAUACGUAUUCAUAUUCAUAUUUCUCUCUCAAACAGCAACAAUUUAAACUGCUCAAUUGCAAUCUGUAGACUGGCAAAAAGACUAAACAAAAAAAAAAAAAACAAAAAGAAAUCAAAUAUUUUUGCUAAAAUAUUUAAUGCAUAUUUUUUGGUAAAGCUUUUUCGAUAAGAAUCAAACUGAAAUUAUAGCUCGAGCAUAUUUUUGUAAACUUUUUACUAUACAGAAGAAUCGUGAAAUCAACUAGAAACUGCCAUUUUUGAGAUACUUUUUGAGAUACAUUUUACACAGGCCGGUCUUCCAGCAAUUCAAUAUCUUGCAUUUAG